UUUAAUGAACAUGAAAACGUAAGAAGAUACCAAAUGUGACAGGUCCUGAAAAUCUUUCUUUUUUAAGGGGAAACUUUCGAAAGUUACACUGUGAUUCAGAAAUCGUAUUUUAAGCAUGAUAUCAGAAUAGAGGGAUUUAGAGUAUAAAAGUGGAUAAUAAAAAAAAAAUACCAAGUAAGAUUGUGAAACUGUCAAAUUGGUGGAAGAAAAAAAAACUUCUGAAAAUUGCUGAAAAUUAAGUAAAGGCAAAGGAUUACUGAAAAUAAAGUAAAGACAAAGGAUUACUGAAAAUAAAUAACCAAUCAUGGAUAAGAGACAGAAGUCAACACUUCGUAGUCAGCAUAUCAAAAUAGCUGAUGAACUUAUCCUAGACGAAGACUUCUACGCUGCCCUCCGCAGAGAUAAAAUAUUCACCAAUGGCAUGCUAGAUUUAAUCAAGGCUGAGGUAAAGCCUAGGGACCGAGUGUAUAAAAUGCUUGAACUGCUGGAAAAAAGGGGACCAAAAGCUUUUGAAAACUUUGUGUGGAUUCUGAAAGAAAAUUACGAAUGGCUGGCUAAAGAACUCGAAGACCAGUAUGCUAGACGGCUUCAGUCUUAUCAGCAAGAAAGAGAAUUGCAAGAGCAAAGACAUGCUAGAUAUGAAACCAAUCCAAAAUACUUUGAUCAAGAUGAAGAAAGGUUCUACAAUCAAGAAAAUAGAGCUGUAUCAACACCUCCACAUAGAAGAAAGGCAAGGCAAGUAAUACCAAUGCAGGAUUCAAUGUCUGCUGGGUAUAAUACAAAGGAUUGCCAACAAUUCUUUCCUAAGCCAGGCUAUACUGUAGAAACUAUGCCACAACAGUAUCCAAUUAAACGUAAUGAAUCUUAUCCAGAUAUGGGUUUGGAUGAUACAGAUACUGGUGCUGUAGGUGUUACAAUGCAACUAUGUGAUGAAACUGAUUCAAGACCACAGAAGAAGCAGUAUAAAGAUGCUUGUAUGAGCCCCAUAGGGAUAAUAGAAUCUCAAAGAAGUAUAACGAAUGAUUGUGAAUCAAAGGCACUAAAAUGUGAUGAGGAUGAAGCACAAAGUGUAACUGAAUCAUGCGAUCAAGGUUUUGAUGAAAUCCAAAGUCAAACAGCCACUCUGUCCACAUCAAAUAAUGAUGAUGUAGAAAGUACAGUCACAAGAACAACAGCGGUGAAUAGUGUUGGAGUAAGUGACAAUGUAGAUGGCCCAGAGGAUGUGAAUGUUGCUGUUGAUGAUAUUGAUGAAGAUUUUCCAUCUAGCGAGGCUUAUUAUGACUGUAUUCGUAGGGGCAGCUCUAGAUUCUCACACUUUGGAGAUGCUUUUCAUGCGGAGUUAGAUAUCAAAGAUGAUGAAAAUGACAUAUCUUAUGAACAAAGUGAGGCUUUUCAAAUACAAAUGGAUGCAAUGCGGAAAAUGUAUAAGAAGAUUGUUGAAGUAAAUUUUGGAAAUGAGGACGAUGAAGACACUGAUGAUGAUAAUGACAUUACUUGGGAUAUGCUUGAAUGUGAAACUGACAGGCUAAUUGAUAGGUUGGAAAAUUCUGAUGACAUGAAAAUGAUCAGAAAAUGUCACAGCCUUUUUCAGGAGAAGGAAAGAAGACAACCACUUAACACAUGUAUUGAGAAUUUACAAGCAGACAAAAAAGAACUCGAGAGCAAGCUCAAAGAUAAACAAAAGGAGAUUGAUCAGAUGGUUUUUGAUUUAUGGAAGCAUCAACAAGAUAUGAGUAACCUGAAGAAGCUACAGAAGAGGCUUAGUGAACAGGACAUAGAGCUGAAAAACUAUAAAACAUCAUUAGAGAACUUAGAAAAAGAUGCUGAAAUAAAACUUAGGCAAAUAUCAGAAAAAGAUCUUAAGAUUGAAACAUUGGAAGUCAGACUUAGAGAACUGCAAGGGGAUCAGCACAGGAGGCCUGGCAUGCAGAGGCGAGUGACAACCACACAGAGGAGGACAUCCAAUGCACAGGGGCAGUCUCCAAGAAGAGCACAGCCCAAUAACCUUGGAGAGCCAAGAAUUUCUCUCAUGCAGAGUGGCUAUGGUAACAGUUCCCAAACACCAAGAAAUGUGUCUGCUGCAAUGAGAAGAGCACCUAAUAAUAGGAGAUAGUUUUUCAUAAUAGCAGUGAAAUUUAGAUGCCAUUUUAUAGUGUUUAAGUACAGAAGAUAAAUUUGGCAUCAAACUCAGUUGAGGUGCAGAAGUUACAUCGUUUUGACGUGCAGAAGUUGCAUCUUGAGUACUUGAGUUCAGCAGAAAGAGUUUAAAAUUCUACCAUGUUUAAACAUUCAACUAGUACAAGGGAUAAUUUUAAAGAAGUAGAAUACAUAGAAAUAUUCAUAGAUGUUCUUUAAAAGGUUAGACUGCUAGGAAAUAAGUAUUCAUAAAUGAAAUGGUGAUAUCCCUCCCAUGAUGUGGAAAUUCUAUGCCUGACUCCCAACUUUUUGCCAGUGGACAAGUAGAUUUGCCCAAGUGAAUUUAUGAGCAAUAAAUAAUAAAAGAUCUGUAUUUUUAUCCCUUAACAGUUGGGAACAUUAAAAUUUUACAUUUUGCAAUGAAAUCCAUGAUAACUUUGCCCUAAUACACUCAAUUUAACAUUAUGCUAUAGAUAAGGUGAAAUUUUGGUGGUAAGUGGAUGACACUAUUGCUGAUAUACAACAAAACAUUAAAUCAUAAUCAUUAAAAUUAUUUAUAGUAUACCAAUUAUUCAGAAAAUAGUUUGCUAUUUAAAGAUUUGAAAUAAAUAUAUAUUUUUAAUACCUUAAACUUUGCAAAUAUAGAUAGAAUAAAUACUAGUAGCAUAAUACAUGUAUAGGAUUUAGUAUGGACUAUGGAAUAAUGUAAAUGGUGGAAGCUGAAGACUGUUGGGCUCAGAUUAGAUUUUCAAAAAUACCAAUGCCACAUAUCAGAAUUGCAAUUUCUAAUAAAGCAUGCUAAUCAAAGUUGGUUUGAUUUUUUUUAACCUUCAAUUACUAACACAAUUAAAAAAAUAAUUAUCAGGCAAGUGUUAGGGGGCAGUUGCCAUGGCUGUUGCAUGAUAAAAUUGCUUGUUAAAACAUUGUGUUCCAUUCUUGAAAGAUUUAUUAAUGCCUUUCUGAUAUUUUCUCAUAUUGCAUUGUUUUUGUUCUUUGUUUUUUAAAUCCUAUUUUGUUGUUACAUUUUAUUGACUUUGUUGCUAAAUAAAUCAU